GUUCGUGGUCAUUGGUUACGCUGUCACAUUGCAUGAGAUGCUUAAGUCAAGUCUCAUCGAGACUAGUACUCUUUUUUUCAUCCCGAUUCCUCACGCGUAUCUUCAACCUACAUACCCCUUACACCACAACAUCUGAGACUGAGGUUCCUACUUCACAAGCAACAUGCAGUCUAACAUCGUCCAUCUAUUGACUGUGUGCGGUCUGACCGAGGAGUUCGCUACUGUAGUCGCCACCAAGUAUGCGUCUGAGAAAGACGAAAUGGCUCAGAACCCGGUGCCCUUUGUUCAGGACUACUGGUAUGCGAACAACCGCGAGGCUUUGGGAGAGUUGUUCUACUUCCACGACACAAAGGGGAUGCGAGAGGCUCUAUUGAAGCUAUCGGUCAAGCCCCAGGUCGUCACCCAAGUGAUGUCCGCCCCUCACAAUGAAGAAUUGUUCUUACAUCGAGAUGCGAUUGAGUGGGCCAGCAUGGUCAUCGACGGGCAACGCAAGAAGGCGUUCAGGGGGGCGGAUCACUGACAUUUUUUGCAGACAUACGAGACUCUUUACUCCUUACUCCUUCCUGGCCUCCUGUUCUGAUGGUGAUUUACUUGUAAUAUACAUGUUCGGGUUGUUCUGAAUAUCAUUGGCCGCCUUCUCGGC